AUGGUGUUGGCUAAAGCAGAAGCGCUACAACUGGAUGGCGCACCUCCCCUACAGAAAAUGGUGGAUCUGGUGGCGUGUCCAACAGUGGAGGUAGAAGCGCUCGCCCUGGUCAUAGGAAUGCAGUCUGGCGCUGUUAUGGCCGCCUCGGUGUUCCUGGUGGAGCUCCCACAUGGGAUAGUGCCACUCAAUGUUCCGAGGUUUGUGAAGAUAUGCAAUCUACCGUCAUUUGUUAAGAGUGUUGGUUGUGAAGUAUUAUUGGACCCGACUGCUAUCGGAGACCCAAGACAGUUGGUGCAUAUUUGUGCCGCAUCUACAGCGACCUAUGAGGCUAAGGUCGUUACGUGGACGGAAGAGAGUGCAGAUCUGCAAGGUCCAUCUGAAUGCCUAUCGGUUCCACCAGUGAAUACCGAGGCUGACGACGACCUUUCUUCCCCGAUCACAUCAAUUGCCCCUCUGAAGGGACAGGGGUACUUCAUAGUAUCGAAGUCUGCUGGGACGCGCAUCGCGGUAUCAGCGCUUCCGGAUCGUCUACGGGAGAUAAAUCUGGUGGGGUUCGACCCUGCUGCUAGAUUGCAAGGUGAAGUGUUAUCGCCAAAUGGAACCGAGAUAGUUGCCAUUUGCUGUGGGGGUACGGUGAAUAAGCAGCAGUCUAGGGUCAUGCUACGAAGGGCUAGGAGGGUGAUGGUGGACAUCGAGACGGCUUUGCUGACUGGUCCUCCGACUGUGCAGGCUGGCAUCUCCUCAGAUGAGCAGGCUAAUCAGCUGUUGAGCGUUCUACCGUCUGGCUAUUCGGCUACUUCGUUGUUGAUCUUCAACGAGCAAGGGCAGAUGCCAGCAGCAUCUGGAGGAAUGGAUGUCGAUGCUGGUCCGGGAACAGCAGUAGGAGCCCCACUGGAAAGUACGGAGGAGCUCUUGUCCAAGGCACGGGUAUUGGGCGAUGAUGCGCCGUUUGCAUACACCCAGGGCUACGUUCAUGGCGGUAGUCUCGCGGCCCUUCCCUGA